AUGGCAAAGGCAUUUUGGUUCCGCGUUGAGCUCGCGUUACUUCUCUAUCUACCUACCACAAUCUCAGCGCAGAAUGGUACGCUGCCUUCUCAGUCCGAAGACAAUGGCCUGGUAGGGUGGCAGCGCAACCCCACUCACCGGGGAACCAUGAAUAUCCUCGAGAGUUGCAUCUUGACCAUCAUAGCCUGUACCUGGACCAUCCAUCACCCAAACGUCCCCAGGCAGACACCAAAUACCUUGCUAGGGAACUUCCUACACCAUCUCAAGUGGAUGACUUUGACAGUUCUUCUUCCUGAGUUUAUCCUGGCCCAGGCGGUCGACGAGUAUCUUUGGGUCCGGAAAACUUGGAAAGAUCUGCCAAAACCCAAAACCGAUUUCAACAGCAAGGAUGGUUUGUUUGAUAUGACGUACGAGGAAAAGAAUGACUGGUCAAAGAAGCAUCUUUACUACGCAAAUAUGGGAGGCUUUCGCGUCAACCUCUUGGACGAUGCCGAGGGUAGAGGUAGACCGGCUGAUAUCUUUCCUCUCACCUCUGGAGAGUUGAUAAAAUAUCUGGCAAUAACUGACCCACCCCAUACGUCGGAGCAUAGUCAGCAUUCACCAGCGGCAGAAGCGUCACCAGGAGAAGCGCCACCAGCAGAAGCGCCGAUUUCAAAGACCCAAAUCGAGCGUAUGGUCAAACGAGACGCCCUUAUAAAGACGAUUGCCUUCCUGCAGAUCUCAUGGAUCAUCCUCUCGACCCUGGCUCGAUGGCAUCUCCACCGUUCAACGUCUCAGCUCGAAAUCAUGACUGUGGCGUUUGCCACUUGUGCGGUUUUGACUUACAUACUACGCUGGGAUAAACCACAGAACAUCGAGCUCUGGACCGAGAUUCCUAACAGCUUUAAAGACUUGAGGCCUCUCUACGAACCGCAACGCUUCUUCAACAUCAUGAUAGACCAAUGGCGAAAUAAAAGUCAAAAAACUCGUCUGCCCUAUUUCAGAAAUGACACUCUACGUCCCUUUCAUGUCGACAAAGCUUUCCUUCCCUGGCUUAUAUUAUUUAUGGUUCUUGCUGGUAGUCUACAUUUGGUAGCAUGGAACUUCUCAUUCCCGUCCGGUAUUGAAAAAAACCUGUGGAGAUCCGCAUCAUUAGCGUCUACGGGCAUCCCUCUGCUGCUUUUCAUAUGCGCCUCUCUUAUCCCCGGGCCUGUCGUCUGGAUUGGGGACUUACUCAUGUCUAAAAAGGAUAAGGAUAGAAUGGCGCAGGAUGCCAAAAACUUCAUGACGUACUGUUAUUGGGCAUUACAGACCUUCAAGGAUGAUAUAUCCUUGGAUCAUCCAAAUGAGGCGCAUGAUCACACGCGUCAGGCCCAGGAGCUUGAGCAACUCGACGGCGAAAUAGAUGAAAGUAUAGGCCGGCUAGUGGAAUCCACAAAAGUUCCAGGGAAUUAUCGGGACAUCUUUGGAGCAUUGGUCCUGACGGAGAUUGCCACCUACGUCCAGCAGAAUUCGAACCGAUUCGUCAUCAACACCUCUGAAGACUUCCCACUUAAUCUCAGAAAGCUCUAUGAUAAUCUGCAAAAAACACAAUACAUACGAGGUGAUAUCGACCAAGAGAUCCUCACCACAUACGACGAUAACUUCGACAGGACUGACGUCUUUCCGCACAAGACAGCGAAGUGGAGGAGAGGGCGCAUGAGUCACGAAAUUCUGGCUUAUACUAUGCCCUUGGUUAGCGUUUUAUACUCUGUUGCACGUCUCAUCAUCAUUGCGGUGGCGUUUUCGAGCUUGCGGGCGAUGCCUGCCGGAGUGUACGAGACGACUUGGUCGAAUUACCUUCCUAAGUUAGAGUGA